CGUGUCUACCUUAGCAAAUCAAACUUGCAUUUGAAAGGUUAACAGGUUAACGUAGAAAGUACCCUCACAUUCACUUUAUACAUAUUGAUGACCACUAUGAAUGCACUCACAAGAAAACCUAUACUGGCUAUGUUAUGUGGGACUACAAAUUAUGUAAUACAUUUCAAUACUGGACAACAUAAACCAAAUUUCAUAAUGUGGUCUUAACGUGGGAAACAGUAUUUGUAACCACAGUAUAGUCUACUCCAAAAACUGUAUGUUUAAUCCACCCAGUAGUGCAUAUAUUUACAAUAUUGAUAUAAUUUAUAUCAUAUCAAUCAUAUUUGUACAGAAUGUGUUGUAGUGUUUGUACUCUGUCCCAAGAGGACAGUUUUGUCUCCUUCUUCUUCUUCCCCUCCUCCUUCUUCUUCGCUGUCGUCUGCUUCUUCUAUCAAUUGUUCGUAAGUGAAGGGAACAUAUAUUUUAAAUCCACUAAGAAUUCCCGCGUUCAGUUUUUCAUUAUGCUAAUUUCUGAUCACAUCAUUUAUUGCAGGGUCCUGCUAGGUUGAUGAGCACAUGUUACACAUCCCUGCUCUACCCCCUGCAUCUCCCCCUCCAUCUGUGUGUAGUGUCAGUGGUGAGAGAUACCUCCCCCCUCCUCCCCACCCCCGCGUCUGUCGGGGAGCUUCCCAUGGGGCAGCGUAACCCGACCCAUCUGCACCAUCGCAGCGUGCUCCUUCAGCAGCGAUAUGGGAGGAGGAUUAGUCGGCGUUAGUCACGGCACUCAGCGGCACACGAGGAGACCCGCCCAUGAUGUGACCACACACUGACCACAUCAUCGUCAACGGCAACACGCAGCACAGAACACCCCAGUCAGUAUCCCGGACCAAGGGCACAGUGGAAGGUAAGUUCCCAUCCAGCACGAUGGCAGAUCCGGCGGGUACUGCAGCUGCCCUACAAGAAGCAGACAGACUCUACAAAGAGAACAAGCUUGACGGUGCACUCGAGAAAUACUCCAAACUCCUUGAACAGAACCAGGACAACAUUGAGCUGCUGCUGAGGCGAUCCAGAUGCUACUACGAUCUCAAUGAAUACAACCUGGCCUUCAAUGACGCCAAGGCUGCUCACAACAUGGACUCCACCCAUAUUGACGCCUGCAUUUGUUGUGGAAGGGCUGCAACGAGGACGAAGUCUUUUGAAAAAGCUUUCAGAUAUUACAAGGAUGCACUGAAAGUUGAUCCUAAACAUCCAGUAGUGACUGAUGAACUCAAGAAACUACAAGCAGCCAUUAUGGCGGAACAUGAGAAAGAGUCUGUUGAUGAGCCGACGUACAGUGCAGUGAAGUUCUGUACCCAGGAUCCCUACCCCGGCGAUAAGGAGCUCUAUCAGAUGGAACAGGAGAUCCUCAACAAGAAGCACAAGAUCUGCAAUAACCAGGAGAUCGCGGAGCCGAUACCCAACACCAAGCCGGAGGAUGCCGCCAAACAUGCUGCGAUGGCGAUACGGUACCGGGCAGGAGGCAACACAGGAGAUGCUCUCCGAGAGUGUGACAGAUCUGUAGCCAUUGACCCCUACAAUGUUCUGUAUCGGCAGCUGAGGGCAGAGGUCCUUCUGGACAGGUCACAACGGGAAGACUCCCUCCGUGAUCUCUACGCCAUCCCACCACAAAGUCGGUCAGUUGAGGUCUGGAAACAGGGAGGCCAAAUCCAAUUGAAAAUGGGGCUGCCAGUGUCUUCCGAGUUCUGGUUCCGGAAGGCCACCAAGAUUAGUGACAACAAGGAUGAGGAGUCGGCCAUCUUAUUCCAGAAAGUUCGCACCGAGAGACUCUACGGGCCUCUCACGCAGAAGGUUCCAGUGAAAGUGGACUUUGGUCAGUUUGGCCGAUCUAUAUUUGCUACAGAGGACAUCGAGGAGGGAGCAGAGUGCUUGACAGACAAGCCAGUCGUCCUGUCUGAAAGUCUCAACAACUACUUUGUACCUGGGUGUCAUCACUGUGCCAUGUCGCUGCUGUCCCCGGAGGACUAUUUUGGGGAAGCUCUGGACUUGUUUGAUGACUCAAUGAAAGACCUGGUGAAGGAGCUGUGGCCGGAUACCACACCUGUGUUGUGUGACGUGUGUAAGAGGGUGAAGUACUGCAGUGUCAAGUGCCAGAAAGCGUCCUGGGCCAAGUACCACGAGGUGAUAUGUCCUGGAAGGAACCCCGCUGCCAAGCGGCUAUACGACCUGGUAGCCAAUAAAGGUGUUGAGGUCCAAGCAGACGGAAGGAAGGAGGAUGUUUGGCUGGCGUCAUACAGUCCACUGGUCCUUGCCAGGAUCUGGGGGACCAUUGUACAGGAUGCCAAGACCAUGAUGAGAUCGGAAGGUCUAACACAACCAUCAGCAGAACAUUGGGCAAAGGCAAAAGCCCCAUUCAGGAGGUUCAUAGCAUUCGGGUGUACGAAGGCAACAGACAGGAUGCCCGAUAUGAUCAAGGUAUUUCAGGAAAUCUUCCAGAACAACGGCGACGGUAUCAGCUACGAAAUAACGGAGGCAGAAUUCAACGGCCGCUACUACCAGGCAACGUGUAACCUUCAGAUGUUCACCUCCUACAUCACACCGUACCAGCACUUCCUCACAAACGUCGCCAACAAGGGCGACCCACGUGGUCUGAAGAUGCUCAAAUAUUUGCAGAAGAAUCCUAAACAGUCCGCCUUCACGGGAAUGUUUGCCCUCCAUGCUUGUCUGAACCAUUCCUGCUACAACAACGUGGAGGUCCGCGAUGGCCGUUGUGGCGAUAACACGCCUGGUGUUGCUGUAAUCGCCAAACGGAACGUGAAGAAGGGCGAGGAGGUUCUCACCACGUACAUCGACACCUCCAUGCCGCGGAAACUACGGCGCGCAUGGCUGUACAAGUCUUUCAACUUCUGGUGUCACUGUCUACGAUGUCAGUAUGAAGGUGACGACGCAACAUCGUGUACUACAUGUCGGGUGAAGGUUGAAGAGGGCAAGAAGUUCCCAUCAUGUGGAAAAUGUCACCGAGCCUGGUAUUGUUCCGUGGCCUGUCAGAAGAAGGCGUGGAAGCAAGGCCAUAAGAUCAUCUGUCAGACGGAACACUCACAGAUCAGUUUAACUAGCUAACAAUGUUGUGGAUUAUCUAACAGAAAUUUGGCAGUGCAAGUGUGUGUUAUUUAUUCAUCUUUACCCCAGGGUUCAUUCCGGCCUGAAUGGUUUUCCUCAGUGUGAGAGUAGAGACUUGGCUAGUGUGAUUAUGGCUUGUUUGGUUGUGUAUAAAUUAAUGAACAGGUGCAAUGUUUUAUUGUGUGAUAUCUUUACGACUUAAAAUCUUUAUCCAUUGUUUUACUUGGAGUUAUUGAAAUAAAACAAAUACCUUUCC